AGAACUAAGGGCGCGUGUGUCUAUACGUUAGAAAUGUCGGGUCUUGGCUGGUUUACGCUGCUGUUGGGCUUGGCCUUAGUGACCGCCGAUGCGGACUAUCAGGGCUAUCGCAUCUAUGAGGUCACUCCUGCAACUGUUGCACAAAGCGAAAUCUUGCAGCGUUUGAGCCAAGAGGGGUAUGAUUUCUUUAGCUUGGGUCGUGCCUUGGGUCAUCCCGCUCGCCUGGUUGUGAGUCCCCAGCAGUUGGAGAGCUUUGAGGCUCUGCUUGCCGGCGAGCAGCUUAAUCAUCGUCUGCUCAAUGGCAAUUUGGGUGCCACAAUUGCCGAGGAGUUUGCUCAACGUCAAAUGCAACGUCGCCUGCUGCCAAUCACAGGCAAAGGACGUCUGGCCACAGAUCGUUAUUACUCGCAUGGGGAGAUCAACAAUUACAUCGAUGAUCUGGCUGCCAGAUAUCCAACGCGUGUUCUGGUCAAAACUGUCGGUUGGUCGUACGAGCGUCGUGAGAUGAAGACAAUCACCAUCACAAAUGGCGAUGGACGUGCUAAUAAGAAGGUUGUCUUCUUGGAUGGCGGUUUCCAUGCCCGUGAAUGGAUCUCCCCGGCAGCUGUGCUCUACAUUAUCGAACAGCUGGUGGAGGAAUUCGCUGAGAACGAGUAUCUGCUGAAGGACUACGAUUGGGUUGUUUUGCCUGUGGUUAAUCCCGAUGGUUAUGAGCACACUCAGACUGGCACUUAUGCGCGUAUUUUCCGCAAGACUCGUCAGCCUUACAAAUUCCUGACUCAGACUUGUUAUGGCGCUGAUCCCAAUCGUAAUUUCGAUUUCCAUUGGAAUGAGGAGGGCGCAUCAUCCAAUCCCUGCAUGGACACAUUCGCUGGACCUUCAGCCUUCUCUGAGCCCGAGACAAUUGUGGUUCGGGAUCUGAUGCAUUCGCUGGCGGAUCGUGGAAUUAUGUAUCUGACCAUGCACUCUUAUGGCAACUACUUGUUGUACCCUUGGGGCUGGACAAGUGAUUUGCCCGACACUGUUGAUCAACUGGAUGCUGUGGCAAGUGCUGGUGGCGAUGCCAUCAAAGAAGCCACUGGAACCGUUUACACUGUCGGCAGCUCCACCAAUGUUCUUUACAUUGCUGCUGGCGCUAGCGAUGAUUAUGCCUUCUAUGCUGGCUUCAAUAUCUCCAUCACAAUGGAGCUCAGUGGCGGUGGCGUCACUGGAUUCGAUCCACCAGCCAGCAGCAUCAAUGAGUAUGUCACCGAGACCUGGAUUGGUGUUCGUGCCAUGGCUGAAAAGCUCAUUGAGUUGACCUCUCAGUACUUUCCCACUUGUCGACGAGUCAAGAUGCGAUUGUUUUUGUUCGUGCUGUGCAGUCUGCUCAUAGCACAAUCCCAAGGGAAAGGAAGUGUCUACGAUGGAUUUAAAGUCUAUGAGCUGUCUGCAAAGGGUCGCUCUGCAGACUUAGUUUUGGCCGAGUUGGUAAAGAAUGAAUCAUACUAUGAGCUCUUCUCGAACAAUGGAGCUAGUGCUCAUGUUAUGGUGCAUCCAGAUGCUCAACCGGAAUUCGUGGAACUGUUGGAUGAACACACUUUGAACUAUAAGAUCGUAAAUCGCGAUGUGGGUUUGACGCUGCGACGUGAGUUCGAAAUGAAUCGCAAUCUGCGCAACUGGUUUCCUUAUCAGGGACGUUUGGGCACUGAGAGAUUUUACACUCAUGAUGAAAUCAAUCAGUAUCUCGACGAUCUGGCUCAGCAGUAUCCCACUCGUGUUUUCGUCAAGACUGUGGGCAAGAGUUACGAAGGUCGUUGGCUGAAGACAAUAAGGAUAACCAAUGGAGAUGGACGUGCUAAUAAAAAUGUUAUCCUUAUGGAUGGUGGUUUCCAUGCUCGCGAAUGGAUUGCACAUGCUUCGGUUGUUUAUGCCAUUGGGGAGCUAGUUGAGAAUUACGAGGAGUAUGCUCAACUGUUGCUGGAUUACGAUUGGGUCGUGCUGCCCGUGGUCAAUGCCGAUGGUUACGUUUACACUCAUCUUUCGGCUGAUACUCGAUUUUGGCGCAAGACUCGCCAACCAAGUAGCGACACUUGCAUUGGCACCGAUCCCAAUCGCAACUUUGACUUCCAUUGGAAUGAAACAGGCGCCUCUUCGAAUCCUUGUGCCGAAACCUAUGCCGGACCAAAGGCAUUCUCCGAACCCGAAGCAGUUGUGGUGCGUGAUCUCAUUCACGAGCUGGCAGCCCGUGGCAAAAUGUAUCUCACUGUACAUUCCUAUGGCAACUAUCUUCUCCAUCCUUGGGGUUAUGUUGACGCAUUGCCAGACACUUGGCCGGAUCUUGAUGAAGUUGGACGCGCUGGGGCCGAUGCCAUCCAAGCGGCAACUGGCACAGUUUACGCCGUAGGUGGCUCCACGGCUUUGUUGUAUGCAGCAGCUGGCGCUAGUGAUGAUUACGCUUUUAAUGCCGGUUUUCCCAUAUCAUUCACCAUGGAACUGCCAGCAGGUGGCACAGGAUUUGAUCCACCUGCAUCAGAUAUUGAUAGAUUGGUUAAGGAGACUUGGAUCGGCAUCGAGGCAAUGGGCCGCAAAGUUGUCGAAAAAUAUCCCCUUAAUGCCGGUUCGGGUGCUAGAAGAAAUUAAACUAUUUGAAAAUAAAAUGUGUUAAAACGCUUAA